AUGGUCUGGAUCUAUGGGGCAGGGGACUCAUUCGGGCAGAUCUACGACUCAGCCUACAACCUGACAGGUCUCGUGACCGGCGCUGACCAGAAGGGCUUCGCUAUCAUCUACGUUGCCAUGAAUUACUGCGUCGGUAUCUUCGGGCUUGCUGCCUCUCCCGCGCUCGCGGCCAGCGACUUCCUGAGUUGUUGGGCCAGCGACUGGUCCUCGACUGGGUGCAGAAGCACAUCACCGGGCUCAGCGGCGACCCGGCCCAAGUCACCAUUGUCGGCGAGAGCGACGGCGCAACCGGAGUCGGUCUUCAGAUCACGGCAUACAGCGGUCGUGCAACGAAAGCACCCUUCCAUCGCGCAGAUGACCGCGUGGCACGCCAGCGUGCCCAGCACCGCGACUUAUCUGUUCGCCCUCAACCAAACGGUCUUCCGAUCCUGGUACGUGGCCGCCAAUAGCUCCUAUAUCGGGGUCUCGCACUUCAGCGACAUUCCCUACGUCUUCAACCAGGCGCAGAGCGAUACACCCCCAUUUGGGUCUCCGUCGCGCGGCAAUGGCACGAUUGCUGCGUGGACGGGCUUCACCAAUGCUGCCUUUUCUUCGUCCGCGCGUCCACACCAUGAGUCAAGCCGGACCGAGCAGUACCUCAUUCAGAUUAUCGGUGGUCCGGACAGUGGAGUUCGAGAAAUCGGGCAGAAUGUCAUCCGGGGCGGGUACGAGGACCUGGCCGCUCGGUGUGCGUUUUGGACUUCUCGCGAGGUAGUCGAGGCAUUGAUGUGGCCCGUCUUCUACGAGGUCGAUGUGCACCGUCUCCCUCUUCAUCAAGGAGUCCAGGACCCUACAGAGCCCCUGGAUUGCACAACGGUCUACCGCCAGCUACCGUGCGAGCACAGCUUCCAUCAGCCGUGCAUCGACGCCUGGCUCUGCAACCACGACACCAGCUGUCCGCUCUGUCGGGCCCAGUCCUACCAUCUUCGACGGCGGAUCCAGCCCGCCCACCCUGCAGUACAGCAGCAAGUCCUCCCUCCGACCCCGCGGCCAGCGUCCUUCCGCUCGUGGUGUAAACGGGCCUUCAAACGAGCCGGUGCAGCGGAGCAACCACCCGGUAUCGCGCCGCCGCUCAUGUAA